CCAACUCUCCAUCAUCAAAUCAAAAGCAAACUUUCGUCUUUCUCCUUCUUCAUAAUCUCUAGUGUUAUAAACUCUUUUGGGUCAGAAGAAAUUUCAUUACAAAUUAAUUUCAAUGGCUGAGAUAAGCAAGGUUUUGGUCAUUGGAGGAACUGGGUACAUCGGAAAACACGUAGUCGAAGAGAGCGCAAAGAGUGGACACCCCACUUUUGCCUUGGUCAGAGAGAGCUCUGUUUCUGAUCCCGUCAAGGGAAAGCUUAUUGAGAACUUCAAGAGCUUGGGAGUUACCAUACUUAUUGGAGAUAUCAACGACCAUGAGAGCUUGUUGGCUGCUGUGAAGAAGGUCGAUAUAGUUAUAUCAACAGUUGGGCAUAUGCAGAUACCUGAUCAGAUCAACAUCAUCACUGCCAUUAAAGAAGCUGGUAAUGUCAAGAGGUUUUUGCCUUCUGAGUUUGGAAAUGAUGUGGAUCAUCUUCACUCUGUGGAGCCAUUGACAUCUGGAUUCGCAAGGAAGACCAAGCUCCGCCGUACCAUUGAGGCCGAAGGAAUACCCUACACCUACCUGUGCUGCAACUUCUUUGCCGGCUAUUUCCUCCCUACAUUGUGUCAAGUUGGAGUCCGAGCUCCUCCAAGAGACAAGGUCAACAUCUUGGGAGAUGGCAAUGUUAAAGCUGUUUUCAAUGAGGAGAAUGCCAUUGCCAAGUUCACGAUCAAAGUUAUAAAUGAUCCUAAAACUUUGAAUAAGAUUGUCUACAUCAGGCCUCCUCUCAACACUUACUCACUGAACGAGCUUGUCGCUCUGUGGGAGAAGUUGAUCGGCCAAACCCUCGAGAAAACCUAUGUUUCAGAGGAGGAACUUUUGAAGCAAAUUGAAGCAACUCCACCUCCAUUCAAUCUUCUUCUUGCACUUAACCACUCAGUAUUUAUCAAGGGUGAUCACACCAACUUUGAGAUUGAUCCAGCAGUUGGGUUCGAGGCCACUGAGAUAUACCCGGACGUCGAAUACACCACUGUUGAAGAAUACCUUAAACGUUUUGUUUAGAUCCGUCUUUUCUUUUUAACUUUGAGCUGUUUCAAAAAUAAACAUUUGAGUAGUUGUUUGUUACAGAGGACUGCUAAGUCCCCCUUCCGAAAAUAACUUCUGUCAAAUGAUGUUUUGAGUUUUUAAUUUUGUACGGAGUGUUGGUCGUAUUGUAUCAUUUGAAUUUCAGUAAUGUUAAAAGUGUUCUAUAA